AACAUGGAUAUAAUCAUAAGAAUAGAGCUAGACCAUAUUAUAUAAGCUAGCUGCUAGCCAAAUACUUGCAACUUAAUUAAUACAACAUAUAACACAAAUUAAGCACAAAAUACAAUUAUGGCUUAUUUUCAAAGAAUUAUGAUCCUUAUUUGCAUUAUUAUUGUACUAAGUGUAAUCGUAACCAUAGAUAUGGUUGAAGGGAAAGGUGGUAGAGGUUCUUCAUCAGGUGGAAAGAGUUCGUCAUCCACGAGAACCACAUCAGGACGAAAUUAUCCUUAUUACCAUGGAACAACAACCACAACAAGAUCACAUAGCUCUCAAACCUCCCCUAUCUAUUAUCCUUCAUUUAACAUCUUUUUCUUUGUUUUGUCUUCUCUUCUUUUUACCUUUUGGUUUUAAUGACAUAUAUUCACUUUCAUGAAAUUUAAUUCUUUUUUUUUUUUUUUGUACUUGUAUAGAAUUUUAGGGGUGAAUCUAGAAUACAACAUACAUAUAUAAUUAUUUUAAUUGUUUUUUUUCUUAUAUAUAUGUUACAUUAUUUGUUAAGUUGUAUGAUUAAGGCACUCUUUUUGUCUUUUUGUUUGCCCCACUGUGUAAGAUAGCUCCAUUUCUCCUUAAUUUCCUUAUAUAGAAUUUUGUUUCCCUUAAUUAUUACUUUUUGAUCUCUCUUGUUCUGUAUAAUCAUUUUGGUAAUAUAUAAUAAGAAGAACCAAGCUUAAGACUUUAAUUUAAAAUUAUUUUCAAUAAACUAACUCAAUUAAAAACUUAAGUAGAAAGUUGAGACCUCAUAAUAUAUAUAUUAUAUAUUUUAAUACGUCUCUUCAUAUGAGAGCCCUUAGGGCUUGACAUGUAAAUGCAGCACAAACUCUCAUUUUACCUUGCAGUGUGAAAUAUUCCACUUGAAUUUAAGGAGUGGUUGAGAUUCGAAUUCAUAAUCUCUUGUCAUGUUUGCCUUUGAUACCAUGUUAAAAAAUCAAUUAACCAAAAAUUUAAGGUAAUGAUUGAGGUCUAUGAUAUGUUAUAUUCUCUAACACUUGAGAAUUUAUAAAUAUACGUGAAAAAUCCAAAACCUCAUAAUUAUCAUAUAUAAUUUUCCUAAAUUUUUUAUAUAUAUUAUAGAUGCACUCCGCAAUUUAGUAUUGUUUAGAAUGUAAAUGUUAUUUCAAGAUAUACGUUACAUACUCUAUUUGUAAUAUAAAGUUUAUUUUACUUUUCUUUAGUAUGUCCCACCAAAUUCAUUCAUAUUUAUUUUUUUUCUCAUGAUUUACUUUAUUUAUUUAGUUUUAAUCCACAAAUUUACAUUUCAUCCUUUAAUACAACCAAUAUUCUUCUUUCCACUUACAUGACAAUUGUAAAACUCUUUUUUUUUUUUUAAACAACUCCAAAUAUAUCCAAUCUCCUCCUUUAAUCCCUCACAUCCACAAACCCUAUUCUUUUCAAAUGUUCAGUUAUUCUAUUACCAUCUAUUUUUCCCUAAUCAAUUUCCACACAUCCACAAAUUCCAUUUCCUCCACCCUGUUGAAUUUUUCAACUAAAUUUCUAAAAACAAAACCAUAAAAAUAAAAUUUCAUUAAAAAAAAUAACCCUUAAAAUAAAUAUUAAACCAAAAACAAAAACAAUAAUAAUAAAACAACGCCAUUUUUUACAAUGGCGAGGUUACUAUAUUCAUCAAAUAAAACAAUGAAUUUCAUCAUCAAUAUCAAAUUCUCUCAUUUCUUUUUUAUUAUCUUCCUUAUUCUUCCAUUUAUUGCUCUAGCAAAAGAUUUUAAAAAACACCAAAUGUCUCUCACAAAAGAUUAUUAUAACAAAACAUGUCCUCGUUUCGAGGAUAUAAUGAGACAAAUUGUAACCUCAAAACAAGCCGAAACACCAACGACUGCAGCUGCAGUCGUUAGGGUCUUCUUCCAUGAUUGUAUGGUUGAUGGUUGUGAUGGUUCGACACUGGUAGCGUCGAACCAUUUUCAUGGUAUAGCUGAAAGAGACGCAGAUAUAAAUCUGUCUCUUCCAGGAGAUGCAUUUGAUCUGGUAACUAGGGUUAAAACUGCCCUAGAAUUGGAAUGUCCUGGUGUUGUUUCAUGUAGUGAUAUUUUAGCUACUGCUGCUAGGAAUCUUAUUAAGAUGACUGGUGGUCCUAAAAUUGAUGUUCUUUUUGGACGUAAAGAUGGCCUUGUUUCUCAGGCUUCAAGAGUGAAGGGAAAUUUAGCCCUUCCAAACAUGACUAUGACGCAUAUCAUAAACAUGUUCAAAGUAAAAGGAUUCACAGUCAAAGAGAUAGUUGCUCUAGUAGGGGCCCACACAAUUGGUUUUUCUCAUUGCAAAGAAUUCAGCACCAGGAUUUUUUCCUACAGAAAAAACCAACCUGUAGACCCCAAAAUGAACCCCAAAUAUGCUGAGGGGCUAAAAAGAUUGUGCGCCAACUACACAAAAGAUCACACCAUGGCCGCCUUCAACGAUGUAAUUACACCUGGAAAGUUCGAUAACAUGUACUACAAGAACCUCCAACGUGGGCUGGGCCUACUCGCAACGGACCAGGCCAUGGCAGACGACCCUAGAACCAAGCCCAUUGUCGACCUCUACGCUGAAAACGAAGAUGCCUUCUUCAACGACUUCGCUAAGGCGAUGCAGAAGGUUAGUAUGCUGGAUAUCAAAACUGAUAAGAAUGGAGAAGUUAGACACAGGUGUGAUACGUUCAACCAACAAAGUGGAACUUGAAUAUGGGAUUGAUUUUAUUUAUUUGAUUUCUUGUGUGUAAUAUAACCAAUCAUCUUUCUAACUAAAUGAAAAUUUUCUUAUUACAUUUGCAUUUCCUGGGUUUUUUUGGUUGAUUGUAUUUGACUCGAACUAAUAUUUUGUACUUCGUGUGUAUAAAAUAAAAAUAAUUAAGGCCUGGAUUACUAGCAUGAUAGAAAUAAAUACAAAUAGAAAGCAAAGUACACAAAGUAUUGUAUGAGAUGAUUUUAUCGAGAGAUGUGUCUAAUAGAUGGAUUAAAUAGUCAUCCCAUACAUAUUAUGAGAAUAUAGGCUCCUUGUUUGAGGUCGUCUCACUGAGAAAUAGUCUCUUACAAAAGUACCAUUUUGAACAACUUAAGGAAUUAGAAACUAUCCUAGCCCAUUUCUUUGAGUUCAUAUGUCUGAAUGACAUUUUACUGAAUAACUAGGAACAUUUUUGUAAAAUUGUGUCUCUCUAUUCCAUGAAUUUGCAACACCAUAUAGCACAAAAAUUAAGAAUGGUGGGACACUAAAUUUGUAUGAACGGUGUAAUAAAGAAUUGAAACUGUGAAUGUGAAUAGGGGUGAACACGGUCCAGUUUGGUCUGGUCUAAUACUAAAAUCAGACCAAACUAGAAAUUCCUUUGAAAAUUUUUCGAAUCGAACCGGACCGUUUAAAUCA